UACACUUAAAACUUGGCUUUAACGGACCGUCGCUUUGCUUCUCAGCAAAGAGCGUGCCCACGCUGACCCCGGGGUUGGGGUAAAGGUAUGCGCGGGAGGAACGCGCUCGUGUUUUUACAGGCUGCUCUCGGCAGGUGAGGGGCGUGGUCACGACGAUAAGGUGAGGCAGACCUGCGCGACGGGGUGUGCGUCUCCGGUUGGGGCUUCAAACGCCGUGUUGAAUGGCCUGCUGGUCGCAGUGAGAGCUCGACUGAUCGAUUGUAAGUGGUGGUGUUUAGUUUAGUUUAGGUUGUUCUGUUGACGGUGAGACGCAGUUGGAAACUGCGCACAUGUUCUGUUCCCCGAGCUCUGAAAUGGGUCGGCAGGAUAAUUCCUGAUGAAUUUGUCAGGGAAAUGAUGUGGGCUAAUCAGAUGGCGCUUUACUCGUCGAAGAGAGUGAGCGUUUGGGAUUCCUGCCCGAACUCGUCUGCAGUUCCGAAGCGUUGGCGGAGGAAGUCUAUCUGAAUAACCACAGUUGACGCCUAAAAACGCUUAAAACGGCGGCAGACAACAUGCGUUUAAUUGGAAGGUUACUUAAAGACUUUGCUCAAGUCUUGGUUUUUCCACUCUAACGUUUUAUUUAAAUGUUAAAAAGCAAAACUCGAGAUUUCAUGGUGUUUUGUACGGAAUGAUGUCUUAUAGUGAAGUAUAAUAUAUAAUAAACUAUAAUAAAAAUACUUUAAAAUAUUUUAGCAUAACAGUAGAAAAUGAGUAUACGGUUGCGGUAAACCAUAUUCAGUAGUUUAUAACUGCGAUUACUUGAGCUUUUGUUUCGGCUUCAGCUAAGAGCACUGUAGGCGAUUUCAGGUGCGUUGAGGCUGUGAACUAAACCUCGCAGAAUUCCUCCCGAGUUGGCGGAGCAACUUGAUCUGUGAGCUUUCCUAUUAAAACUCCUGCGGAGAGAGACGGAGACGAAGCAAGAAAUGACUGUGCUCCUUACGUUUUGACAGUAGUUCCCAAGCCUCAAGCCAGCAGGUCAAACUAACAACAUGGGCGAGACACCAGCCAGAGAGGAUGGAACUGUCACGAGGUCUGCGGAGUACGUUGGCUCAUUUCCUGUUGAUGACUGCUGUUUGGAUGAUCAGAUGCAACAACUACACAUGCAGCUGAAAUCUCUGACGAACUCCAAACGAAGGCGAUCCGUCUCCCUGAAGUUCUCCGUCAAAGGCGUGAAGGUGUACAACGAGGAUGAGACGACUCUUCUGAUGGCCCAUGCCCUGCGCAGAGUCUCCCUCUCCAUUGCUCGCCCCUCCGAUGCCCAGUUCGCCUUUGUCGCCCACAACCCUGGAAGUCCCGACGCCCAACUCUACUGUCACCUCUUCAAGGCCCGGCAUGCCAGAGCGGCCCAGUUCCUGAACCUGCUGCUAUGCCGCUGCUUCCAGCUGUUUUAUCUGGACAAACAUCCGGAAGACGCGCAGGUGGACUCGUCCAUGAGGAAGCCCACGUGCGCUCCUUCCCUACUCAACCACGGCUUCCCGCUCAGCGUCAGUGCCCUUGUGUCCUUUCGCCGGGCACCUAACCAGGGCUUGCUGCUCCCGGAGCCAAAGGUCCCUCCUCAUCCCAGCACAGACGUCAUUAGCGGUCCAGAGGACGUCUUCCCAAUCUCACCUACGCUUGUACGUAAGAAGGCCAUGAGAGACAAAGUGCUGCGUUCAGGGGCCUAUCGCUCCUUCACCUGUACGCCAUUAAAACAGCGCCACCUGCAGGACCGGCUGAACGCUCCACAAGGCAAGGGGCCGGACAGUGUGCCAGCGUGCAGGGUGCGUGCCCCAAGCUUGGCCGAAACCGAAGAAGCACUGGCUCACGCCGUGUGGAGCUGGACUGGCAUCUCUAGUGACAGCAGCUCUUCGCUACUUGCCGAGGAUGUUCUGGGCUCCUACCUGCUGUGUCCACACCCCGAGAAGCCCAACGUCGGGUCUCUUCUUAUACGCUUCCCCUCGGGUCUGGUCACUUUGGCUGUUAAAACCUGCAAAGGAAAAUGUUUCCUUGAGAAGUGCCACAUCAAGUUUGAGAGCCUCGCUGCGUUAAUUGAGCACUACACAGAGUUCCGAGGGGAGCUGCAGUGCUCACUGAGCUGUGCUCGAGUCAAUCACUGCUAUGAAUGGGAUGAGACUAUGAACAGGGACCAGAGGUUGCACUUGCCCCAGAGGAGCAAGCAAAACCCCAAAAAUCAAUGCUGGGUUUAAAUCAUUUUAAAUGUUUUACACAGGUGUUUUUUUUUUUGGUUUUUUUUUUGUCGUCAC